AAAGAAACGAAAAAGUUUUAAAUUUGUAACAAAGUCUAUUCACCCCCCCUCUAGACUUUGUAUCUCACCACUUUGGGACCACCAAUUGGUAUCAGAGCCGUACUUCUCACUAUCUACGUUUAGAUUAACGAGAAGCGAUCAUAAUGGUGAACAAUAUAGAUCACGGUUUGCCCAAGUUUUCUCUUCUAGGUUAUGAUGAUUGGAAGAUCAUGAUGGAAGCACAUCUCUACGCUCUACAUGAUUGCAUGUGGAUGGUGCUUGAGGAUGGACCCUUGAAAAUCCGAAUGGAGAACCCCGAGAGGAAUCCAGCUGCUCCAGAUGUAGUCCAGUACAUUCCAAAGCCCAAGGAAAAAUGGGAUGAUAGAGAUUGCAAAAAGCACAAUCUGGACAACGUCGCCAAAGCAGCCAUCUUCAAGACACUUGAUCCCAUCACCUUCUCCAAGAUUAAGCAUCUGAAGACUGCCAUGGAGAUUUGGCAAGGUCUUGGGAAGCUAUGUGAGGGAUCAGAGGACCUGAGAAAGCAGAAGAUAGAAGUCCUGCUUGAGAAGUUCAAAAGCUUCAAAAUGCUUCCCAGAGAAUCAUUUGAUAUGUUGGAUGAAAGAUUCCACAAGAUAUUGAAUGAUCUUGCUUCACUUAACCACAUUCUUUCUCCCAAAGAAAAGAAUGUAAGGUUGCUGAGAUCACUCCAAACUGAGUGGUACACCAAAGCAACAGCCAUGGAAGAAGGAAGAAACCUGGAGAACUACACUGUUCAAGGUCUCCUUGAUGAACUCAGAACCUAUGAGCACGAGCUGAAGAAGAAGAAGGAAGAACAAGUCACUCCCUUCCCCACGGCAUUGAUGACAACUCCAAGAAUCCCAUCAAGUGAAGGGACAUGCACAAGAAACUGUGACACACCUUCCUCCAGCCAGCCGUUAAGCUCAAAAAUGGAGAACUACGAUGAGGAAUUUGCCAUGAUGGUCAAGCAAUUCCGGAAGUUCAAGAAGUUCUUCAAGAAGGCUGAUUCAGUCAGAAGGCCAUCCAAGGGAAAGCCACAAGUAAGUGACUCCCCUCCUGAAUCUUAUUUAUGCUAUAACUGCAGGAAGCCUGGCCACUGGAAGUCAGCAUGCCCGUACCCAAAGGUGGAGAAGUACGGAGAAAGAGAAAGGAACGAGAAGAAAAAGAAGGCAAUGGUUGCUGCUCAAAGUGACGAGUCAUCCAGCUCAAGCUCGGAUGAAGAAGCCCUCGUCUGCAUGGAGCGCAGAGUUGAGAAGUCCAACCAUGAGGAUAGGUGGACUAUGUCAAAAGAUGACACUCUCUGCCUAAUGGCCAAAGAUGAUGUUGAUCAAGAGGUAAUCUCACAAACCUCCUGCUCAUCUUCUUAUAGCAUGCCAACUUCUGAAAAUCUUUUUGACCAGUUCAAAAAGAUGAUGGAAGAUUUUGAGGAGAUAAAUCUCAAACACUCAUCCUUAACAGAAGAGAACAAACUAUUGAGUGAAGAGAAUCUCAAGUUGACUGAAAGUCGGAAAAGUCAACUGAAUGAGAUCACUCAACUCAAGACUGAAAAUGAAUCUCUCUCUGAAAAGGUGAAAUCCCUUAACAAAGAGCUAGGGAUACUUAAGUCCAAAGAAGCAGUGAACAAGCUUCUUGAGACGACCAAACAUAAGGGUCGUGAAGGACUUGGGUUUGACCCUUCUAGUUCCAAAAGGAAAGGGAAAACAACUUUCAUCCCUCCUAAACCUACUGCCAAACCAAAUAAGCAGAAAGGGAAGGAAACGGUGAAACCAACAGAAGUUCCCAAAAAGGAAGCCGCUAAGUACCCAGGUGUCUGGUACUUAGACAGUGGCUGUUCAAGACACAUGACUGGUGAUGCGAGCCUUUUGAGCAAUCUAAUUCCCUAUGAUGGUCCAAGAGUUACUUUUGGAGGAAGCAAUGAUUUUGGCCUUACUAAAGGGCUAGGAAAUCUGGUGUACAUGGGACUAACCAUCCAAGCUGUAUCUUAUGUUGAAGGACUCAAUUAUAACCUUCUUAGCAUAAGUCAGUUUUGUGAUAAAGGUUACUCCUUGGAAUUCUGCAAGGACAUGGCAUCUCUCAAGAACAUCUCCACAAAUGAAGUCAUUCUCACUGGGAAGAGAAUCAGAAACAUCUAUGAAGUGAUAUGGAACGAUGUCCAGGAAGCAUGUCUAAUCAGCAAAGCUCCUUCUGGCCAAGUGAAGAAAGUAGAUCUGAACAACGACUACAAAUUAGUUUUGGAACUGGUCAUCGCUUGCCUCGAGUGUGGAAGUGGAGGUCAUGCUGAUGACAUCACGCAGGAGAGAGCCUUCAUCAUCAACGCUCUCAUUACGAAAUCUAAGGUAAAUUGGGCUGCACACUUCUUCAAAUCCAUCUCAAAACAUCUGGGAAAGCACAAUCAGAAGUAUCUUUGUCAAGGUCUAUACAUUGGACAUAUUUUGGAGUCUAUGGGUGCUGCUUCUAAAGGAAAGAAGUAUGAAGAAAGAUAUUGGUUAUACUAUCUGUCUUCAAAAGGGGAAAAUAGAGCUGGUGCUAGUGCUACUGCAGAGGAAAGCUCAUCAGAUAAUGUCCCACUCAUCAAUCUGACGAAGACUGCCAAAAGGAAGCAAGUGAUGUCUUCCUCUCUCAGUGUAGAAGCACCACAGAACCAUGUUCCAGUGAAUCUUGAAGAAGCAGAAGAAGUCUCUGUCCAAGGAGAACUCCAAUGGACGAAGAAGAGGAAAAUCACCUCUCCCUCAACAUCUGGAUAUGUCAAUCCGGAUGAGUUGAAGGAGAAGGAACCAGCUGAGGAAACCUCUGCCCACAACCGGAGUCCUCAACAACUUAAAGAAGAAAUUCCUCAACUCUACUAUGAUUGGAGAGCCUGGAAAGUUGGAAAUUCAGCAGAGCAACUGUUGGAUUGGGACCAACAACUGAAGAAUGAGAAGAUUAUCAAGAAAUGCCUAGGACUACCAGUCAACCAUAGCUGUGAAGAAAUCUUGGAUGACUACUGGGUAUGGCAAAGGAACCAAGAAGACCUGCAUCUGGAACACUUGGAUACCACACCAAUUUCAGAAUUUGAAGUGGAUGAUGAGGAUCCUGCAGUCUACAAACCAGUCCUCUCAAAAACCACAGAAGACCAGGUGGUUCUCACUUCUGAAGCACAGGCUAACUUGGAAGCAACAGCUGAGGAUUUCCAAAUAUUUCCGAAAACCUCAUCUGCCUUUGAAAAGGUUCUACCUGAAGCUGCAGUCUCUACUCCACAAAAACAGAACCAGGAAGGAUCAAAUGAAGAACUUCAGCAACAUCUCCCGUCUCAAGAUCUUGAGAUUCUCACAACUGCUUGUGAGAUCUCCAACCAGCCUGAAAAGGAGAUCCUGGAAAAGUCAGCAGAAAUUCCGGAGCAGUCAACUUUUCCAGAAACAAAUGAAGAGGAACAAGCUGUAGAAGCCCAGAGGAGUUCUGCAGAAGCUGAGAAGGAAACUCAAAUGGCAGAACUCGAGGACUCUAAAUCUCCAGUAGCCAUUUUUGAAGAACAGAAUGAAGCUGAGGAUAGAGACUCCCUCUCUAGGGAUAUAUCAAAUUUUAUACUUGAGGAAGCAGAAGAAGAAUCUGAAAGGACGCUGAAGAUCAAUGAUGAAGAAGAUGUCUCUUCCAUUCCUACUCUUCCGGAUGAGAUACUGGAAACCUGGACAAAGAAGGUCCAAGGGCUGAUUGAGCCAGCCCUAGCAUCUCAACAUGCCUCCUUUAGGCAAGAGAUAGAGCAGAUGGAAGCCAGGUACAACAAGCUGAUUGAGAAAUCUGAAGAGACACACUGCUCCAAUCUCAAGGAGAUAAGCAAAUCAGUGGAUAAGACUCUAGAGAUCAUUUCUCUAUUGAGUAACACUGUGAGCAACACGAUGAAGACAUAUGCAUCUGACAGUUAUCUUCAACUCAAGGAGGUUAACAAAAUCAGAGAGCAAAUAGCAAAUGUCACAGUUAGUCUACAAAAACAAAUGUCUCUUCUCCAAAUGGACAUCAGAGCAGCUCUGGCAGUGUCUUCAGCAAAUCAAGUAGUAACCAAAGACUACUUGAAGGUAAUCAUUGACAAUCAGAAGGAAGCACACAAACUAUUUAGACUUCUUACCACAAAUUCUGGAAAUCGAAAGAUGGAAGUGGUUCUUCAACAACACAGUCCAUCCUUGAUUCCAGAGCUCCUUAUUGCAGUCAAAGAAGGAGAAGUCUCUUAUAUUCCUACGCAUCUAAACUUGACUGAUCUAAUCCUUGACGCUCAGAGAAGUAAUCCGGAAAACUCAACACAGCACCUAUCAAGCUCAGGAUUGGAUGGAACAGAGGCUGUAGGAACAAUUGCUGCUCACUUCUCAAAUGAUAACCAAACAGAGGAAAGACACAACAACAUAAGACGCAUCAAAGAACUAUGUGGAAACAUGCAAGGCAUCAGGGAGAUUGCCGAAUCUUCAAAGCGCAAGAAGCACUGAAGGCUUUUUUCAUCAAACCAGGGGGAAAGUAUGUGAAAACAUUAAAUUGCUUUGAUGAAAACACCUUCUUGUUUAAACAUUGCUUGAUUGGUUUAAACAUUGCUUUAAUAUUUCUCUUAAUUGUGCUUACUAUGCUUGAUUAUGCCUAUUUCAAGUAUGAUUUUGAGAUUUAUUCCUAGCGCAAACAUUCAGGGGGAACUUAACUAGUCUUUGGCUAACAAUUGUUUUUGGCAAUGAAUUAUUGAAAUUCAG